AUGGGCAUCAACACAUCACUAAUCAAAGAUGCUGGCUUGCAGGUCAUCUGGCUGGUCCCGUUGGCAACAAUUAUCUUCUCGCCCGGUGCGCUUACCUUCGGAACCUAUCUCGAUAGCGAGACAAUCGAUCUCAAAGUUCCCACGCUGAACUUCUCGAUGGAGUCCACAAAAGACUGGCGAAAUCCGGUGAAGUUGGCCGACGGAAGCAACAAGAGAUCGAUGAUGUAUUACAAUACUACCGACAUUGCUGGCACGGCACCAGGGUGGUUUGACUAUUACGAUCAGCCCUCGGCGGAGUUAAGACGUGUCGCUCUUCUGCUGGCUUAUAGCAACUUGGACCGUCCCAACAUCAGGCAAGAUGCUCGGCAAGACGCUUGUGGAGGGCGGUACAAUUGCACGUACGAACAAAGCUUUGUUGGGCCGAGCUACCAAUGCGAAGAAAUAGCCAGUAGUGCAGAUGACGACGAGAGACUAACAGAAUUGGGUGCGCCCUUCAACAUGAGCAUUUUGGCACCGCGAGGCCGCUUCGUUUACUACGCCGACGUCGACGAGGGCGAAUAUGCCCGCCCGCAAGCCAACAACUUCCGCAAAGGUCCGGGUGGUAUACCUGAUGGUGAAACUCCAGUCGAUCUGGGUGUCUUCAAGUCAGAACCUGCGCUCUGGAUUGGCUAUGCGUUCAAUUCUACGGUAAAGCUCGCGAAGGAUGACCCCCUCGCAAAGAAUUGGACACAUCGCUAUGAUGCGCGAAUCAUGCGCUGUAUACAUAUGGAGACUAAGUAUACAGUCAGCUGGAACUUCACUGAACCCUUCUUCAAUUCCACGGUCAAGCUAGAACCGCAGAGGCCCAUUCUAGACACCAGCUUUCCGCGGGGAGUCGACGGCAAGAUCAACUACACCCUCGAUCCGGGACCAGCGGAAGAAUACAUCAGCCCUCGGAGCGAUGUGGGCUUUUACAAGAAAACGGCCGCAUACCAUGCUGUCGGCGACAUGUUCAGGGACUUCCUCCGCGGUCACGUCGAUCUCGACCCGCCAUUACCUGGACCAUACUAUGCACAAGUCUAUUCUGAUGUCACAAAGACACGACUAGUCCAGAAGAACAGCGAGCCUAAGCAAAACCUAACGGAUGAGAUCGAGACCUUCUACUCAGACAUGGUUCUGUCAUUGCUAUCAGCGCCAGAGAUGUUAGCAGUCGCCGAAGAACAGCUCACAGUGAACCGCUCGCGACUCCAAUCCUCAUUCGUCUACGUCCCCGAACGGCUCUGGCAAUGUUACGCGCCAGUUGUCGUCAUCACACUCCUCAUCCUCCUCUUCGGCGCUUUCACAAUCUGGCAAGAUGGUACAACAUUCUCGACUGGCUUCUCUCGCAUUCUAGUUACCACACGAAACACCACCUUGGAUGACAUCAGCCGCGGCGCAUGUUUGGGCAAUGACCCUUUUCCACUGGAGUUGAUGCACACUAGACUCAAGUUUGGUGUUCUUGCGAAUAGCAACGAUCCAGAGUACAUGAGGGAACAUGGGUAUCAGGGGAUUGGCGACUUCCAGAGUGUGAACCACUGUGCUUUUGGCGUUGCUUCGGAAAUCGCGCCUAUCGUUAGAGGAGCACCGUAUGCAGGCUUGACGAGGCGGCAUAAUGGAAAGAUAUGA